UAAACAAACAGUUGGUUCUAGUAAGGGGGACACAAAAGGUUUUAAACGGACAGAAUUUUAUUUUCAACUUCAUAAAAAACUACAGAGAACAUUUUCACUUGCCCCAAAGAUUUCUUUGGCGCGCAGAAACUAAUUAAUACGCUACUGUCGGAUUUUUAUUGAUUGUCUUCAAUACUACGUUUCAAAUACCAGUCGAUUUCAGAAAACCUUUAUUUGUAACGUACCAUGACAAAUACCACACAUGCAUAUCUAUACGAAAAACAUGGGCCAGCUCACAUCACUCUAGAAUCUCUUCUUGAUUCUACAGGUCUUACACCCCCUUCUCCUCUCGCAGAAUCGAUUGGUACUUCUCUAACUGAUAUGAAUUCGGUGUCUGCAAUAAAAUAUAAUGUACCACACAGUUAUUAUGCUAAUCCUACUAUUUAUGUGAUGGAUCAAACAACUAACACUACCGAAAAUUCUUCCAUUAAUGAGUCUCGAAAGCAAACAUUGUUGCAGAAUGUGUGUUUGGAACUUGUUUAUCUUCUUAAAGAUCAAGAUGUUAAUGGCUACUUUCUCUAUCCACUGCCACACUCCAGAUAUUCUGAAUCUUCAUCGCAUUCACUUGGAUUAUUAGAUGUUGAAAAACAAGUCUAUAAGAGAUAUUACAAGAGUUUAUCGGAGUUUCAGGAAGACAUUAUUGGCUUACUCACAGGUGCUGUUCGAUAUUAUCAGGUUGAAUCAAUGGCACAUAAUGAAGCACAGCGACUACUAAAUCUGAGCAAUGAUUGGUUUAAUUCAUUAUCUCCAGAAUAUGCUAUUAACUUAAGUCAUCCAGAUGACAAUUCACCGUUGGUUCAAAAAGGUGCACAGACUGAAAGACCCGAUAAUAUUGACGAUAAUGACCUCAUACCUAAGGAAACCUACUUGAAAAUUUUAAAUCCAGAUAAUUGUGGUAUUAUCAACAAAACAGAGCGGGUUCAAAGUAUUGGAGAUGAGGCAGGUCACUUGUACUCAGGUUCCUUUUUACUCCCCACUGGCGGCUAUCGAGAAGAUCGACGCAAUAAAGUCAUACCAUACACAUAUUUGGACUACGGUCCCUAUUACUCAUUUGCUCCUAUCUACGAUAGCGGGGCUUCUCAUUGUACUCCUGAAUCGAACCAGUUGUUACUAGGGACAACUUGGCUUCCAGCUCGUACUCCAUUGAUGCUCGGCAAACGUUCCUUCGAUGGUUUGGAUUCAAACAGUGGUUUGUGUGACAUUGAAAUCACAGAUGAAACAAUAUCUACCGUUUUGGAAAUGGGGGACCAGCAAUUGGCUGUUUCCCUGGCAGUUGCAGAAAGUGAACAGCGUACAGCUGAACAAAUGUCGUCUGAAUUGGAGGAUAUUAUUCCCGGCCCAGAUGUACCUGAUGAAUUUGUGUUUAGCAUGUGUUUGGCCAAUACAUUUACUCGUGAUCUUAUUAAAAGGGAAGAAGAACGUUGUGAUAUGGAUUCAAAUGAUUCGUGUAAUGAAUUCAAAGAGUCGAAGACAAUAACCAAUGGAGAAACUUCAGAGGACUGUGUGGGAUCUUCAGUUGCCAUCUGUGAAUUGGAUUCCAUUUCUCAUCAUAAUUUGGCAGAUUCAAAUAUCAGUACAUAUUCUGGAGAUCAAAAUAACAUUAAUGAUACAAGUCAAUUGGAAACAGAAUUAAUAAAAUCUAGUGAAGACUUAAAUGCACUUUACUGUGCACAAUAUUUAAGACUUAGUGAUACAUCACAAGCUGCAAAUCAUGGUUCAACAAUACAACCAAAUUCAAAAGAAUUAUCCAUUGCGCAUAGAUUAACAGAAAGAUUAAUUAAACUAACAAAAUGUGCUCGUCCUCAAGAUGUUAUUCACUUACAUUCAGUAAGAAAAGCAAUGGGUUUAAAUCCUGAUGAUUAUUUUUUACCUGAAGAUUUGAAUUCAACGGAUAACUUGGUUGUUGGUGCUGAAUAACUUGACUGUCAAAAUGUCGCGAAGUCUUUUGAUGUCGUUGUUUUUGUUGUAUAAUGUAUAAUAUAUAUACUCUUUUAUUCUGAAGCCUGUGUUGCAUUCCUGUUGUGGCCUAGUAUUAAGGUCAGCAAGGCUGUCUAUCAGAGUAAAAGUAAUAUUUAAAUGUAAAUAAGUAGUUUACUAUUGUCCUUCCACAUUUUUGUUUCUCUACCAAAUUUUAUUUAUAGUUUUUUUUCACAUUAUGUAUUAUACAUGCUUUUAGCACACCUCAUAUCCUUAUCAAUAUGAUGUUUUCUAAUAUAUGUAAAUUAUUAUUCAGUCUCUUUUUUUACGCAUAAAUAUAUUUAUAGUUACAUAUUA